AACUCUCUGGAAUUUUCUUCACUCUUCCCUUCUUCCCUUCUUAUUCUCUCCUCCUCCUUCCUUCCCAUGCAUCCAUCAUUCACACAACGCAAUCGCUAAUUGAACACACGCAUAGCUCUCUCUUUUCUUUCUCAUUCAUAUUCAUCACUACAACAACAAUGGCUUCUUCAAAGGCAGCAUCAGAAGGAAAAGCCAUUGGCAUCGACCUCGGCACCACCUACAGCUGCGUCGGAGUGUGGCAAAACGACCGCGUUGAGAUCAUUGCCAACGACCAAGGCAACAGAACAACGCCUUCUUACGUUGCCUUCACUGACACGGAACGUCUCAUCGGUGAUGCAGCCAAGAACCAAGUCGCCAUGAACCCUCACAACACCGUCUUCGACGCCAAGCGUCUCAUCGGUCGCAAGUUCUCCGAUCCUUCCGUUCAGGCCGACAUGAAGCACUGGCCUUUUAAGGUUGUUCCUGGCCCCGCCGACAAGCCUAUGAUCGUCGUCAACUACAAAGGCGAAGAGAAGCACUUUGCAGCUGAAGAGAUUUCUUCCAUGGUGUUAACGAAGACGAAGGAAGUUGCGGAAGCUUUUCUUGGUCACACUAUCAAGAACGCUGUCGUCACUGUCCCUGCUUACUUCAAUGAUUCUCAGAGACAAGCCACCAAAGACGCCGGCGCCAUUGCUGGUCUCAAUGUUUUGAGGAUCAUCAAUGAACCUACAGCUGCAGCCAUUGCUUACGGUUUGGACAAGAAGGCUUCGAGAUCCGGCGAGAAGAACGUUCUGAUCUUCGAUCUCGGUGGUGGAACCUUUGAUGUGUCACUUCUUACCAUCGAGGAAGGGAUCUUUGAGGUGAAGGCCACCGCCGGAGACACCCAUUUGGGCGGUGAAGACUUCGAUAAUAGGCUUGUGAAUCAUUUUGCGGCGGAGUUCAAGAGGAAGCACAAGAAGGAUAUUAGUACGAAUGCGAGAGCUCUUAGGAGGUUGAGAACUGCUUGUGAGAGAGCCAAAAGGACUCUUUCUUCUACUGCUCAAACCACCAUUGAAAUCGAUUCACUCUUUGAAGGUAUCGAUUUUUAUUCAACCAUCACAAGAGCGAGGUUCGAGGAAUUGAACAUGGAUUUGUUCAGGAAAUGCAUGGAGCCAGUGGAGAAGUGUUUAAGGGACUCGAAGAUCGAUAAGAGCCAAGUUCAUGAUGUGGUUCUUGUUGGAGGCUCAACACGGAUUCCAAAAGUGCAGCAACUGUUACAAGAUUUCUUCAACGGCAAGGAACUCUGCAAGAGCAUCAACCCUGACGAAGCUGUAGCUUAUGGCGCUGCGGUUCAGGCCGCCAUAUUAAGCGGCGAAGGAAACGAGAAGGUUCAAGAUCUGCUGCUCUUAGACGUCACUCCUCUCAGCCUUGGACUCGAAACCGCCGGCGGCGUCAUGACGGUUUUGAUUCCAAGAAACACAACAAUUCCUACCAAAAAGGAACAGAUCUUUUCUACUUACUCUGAUAAUCAACCAGGAGUGUUAAUUCAAGUCUAUGAAGGGGAGAGGGCGAGAACCAAAGAUAACAAUCUUUUAGGGAAAUUCGAGCUAACCGGAAUCCCACCGGCGCCGAGAGGAGUUCCUCAGAUCAAUGUUUGCUUUGAUAUUGAUGCGAACGGAAUCUUGAACGUGUCGGCGGAGGAUAAGACGGCCGGUGUGAAGAACAAGAUCACGAUUACUAAUGACAAAGGGAGGUUGAGCAAGGAAGAGAUUGAGAAGAUGGUUCAAGAGGCAGAGAAGUAUAAGGCAGAGGAUGAGGAAGUGAAGAAGAAAGUGGAGGCUAAGAACAAUUUGGAGAAUUUUGCUUAUAACAUGAGGAACACUGUAAAGGAUGAGAAGUUUGCUAGUAAGUUGGAUUCUUCUGAUAAGGAGAAGAUUGAGAAGGCUGUUAAUGAUGCUAUUGAAUGGGUUGAAGGGAAUCAGUUGGCUGAGGUGGAUGAAUUUGAAGAUAAGUUGAAGGAGUUGGAAGGUUUGUGUAAUCCAAUCAUUUCCAAGAUGUACCAAGGUGGUGCUGGUGCUGGUGAUGUGCCUAUGGGAGGUGGUGCAGAUGGUGCAUCUUAUGGAAAUGCUUCAUCUGGUGGCAACAAUGGUGCUGGUCCUAAGAUUGAAGAAGUUGAUUAAGACAAAUAGAAAUGCAAUUUAUGUUUCAUUUGAGUAGUAAUAUUAUAGGUUGUGUGGCUUUAGAAAGGGAAAAUGUUGUGCACAAGAAAAAUAAUAAUAAUAAUAUAAUAUUGU